UAACCAGUCUCUGUCCGCUGCUGCAUUAGGAAAAUUAUCAACCAACUUUCAGCCCUUCGCACGCCUUUGCCUACGCCCUUGUGCAACCACGUCGCGAAACCGAAAUAAAUACAUGCGCUAAUAUAGAUAACCCAACACGGAUCAACAUCAACCACAAAAAAAUAACAACACCAAGAAACUCACCAACAACCUCACCGUCUAACAAACCCAAUUGCCUCCCCAAGAUGUCCGUAACAGUCGAACACUACAACCCCGCCUGGCCCACACAAUUCCAAACCAUAAAAACCCGCCUCGAAACCUUCCUCACCAACGUCCCGGUCCUCUCCAUCGAGCACGUCGGCAGCACCUCCGUCCCAGGCCUCGCCGCAAAACCCACCAUCGACAUCGACAUCAUCGUAGCCCGCGAAAACGUGCGCGCCGCCAUUGACAGCCUCGUCGCCAACGGCAACUUCACCGACGUCGGCGAGCUCGGCAUCGUCGACCGCCACGUGAUGCGCGACCCGGAGCAGGACCCCCGCCGCAACAUCUACGUCUGCGUCGACGGCGCGUUCUCCCUGCGGAACCACCUGAGCGUACGCGACACGCUGCGCGGGAACCCAGAGCUGCGGGACGAGUACGCGCGCGUGAAGCUGGAGCUCGCGGCAAGGGACACGAAUAUCGUGGACUAUGUCGAGGCGAAGGGGGAUGUCGUGCAGAAGAUCCUGAGGGUCGCAGGCUUGCUGAGCGAGGAGGAGCUUGCGGCGAUAAGGGCGGCGAAUUUCAAGGGGGAGAGGUUCGGGGCGUUGAAGACGGAGAGGUUGACGCUGAGGGAGUUUAUCCUGGGGGAUGCGGAGGGGUUUUAUAGGUUGGAGUCGAUUCCGGAGGUCGUGAGGUAUCAGAACUACGGGCCGAGGACGAGGGAGGAGGCUCAUAAGAGCGUGGUGAGCAUCUUGCAGAACUCGACGGCGAAGCCUAGGAAGCAUGUAGAGUUGGCGGUCGACUUUGAGGGUAGGUUGGUAGGGAGAGUGGGUGCGUUGAUAGCGAAAGAGGAUGAGGCGAAGGCGGGGGUUCAGGAUCCCCCGAAGGCGUCGUUGUUCUUUUCUUUCUUGCCUGAGGUGCAGGGCAAAGGUCUCGCGACUGAGGCCAUGCGUGCAUUCAUCCCAUUGCUGGGGAGUCCGUUGAAACUGGAAAUUGAGUGCGAUCCCAGGAACGAGGGGAGUUGGAAGAUGGCCGAGCGAUUGGGAUUCAAGAAGACGUAUGAAGCAGAAAAGGUGUACGAAAGCAAAGGAGAAUGGGUCGAUUCUGUUGAAUAUUCGAAGUUGGUUUAGAUUCUAUUCAGAUGAAGCGGUAAGCAUAGAACAACAACACUACACAGCGGUGAGCUACU